AUGGAGAAUAUUGAGAGAAAGGACGGGGAUGAGGAGGUACCGGCGGGGGGGAGGAAAGGGUUUGUGCCGUUGGUUACGGUGGUGGAUUUUCACCAUGCGAGAGGACCAGAAGUCGAAUAUUGGUUUGGGGCAGAAGAAGGAACUGAUCCUGCGGUGGAAAAUGAAUGGCCUUUAUUGCCGUUCAUGGCUUUGAGUGAUGGAGCGCAUGCAUCAACAGAAGACUUUUCAUAUUUCACGCUCCUACGGCCUGCGCGGGAAAACCUACCUCCCACGUCUUUAUUCGGUAUCUCCUGCACACAACAAAUGGACGCUUCAAUACUGCGCAACCGUCCUGCAGACGUAACUCGAUCGACAGUACAAAAGGCUGUAGUUGUGAUAGCCGAUUCGCCCCAGUUUUUUGGGAUGUUGAGAGAAAGAUUGGGAGUUGUUACGAAGGCUUGGUUUGCACAACGAGAAUUUACAGAUACGGAGAUAUUGAGGAGGUUUCAAGAGAGUCUAGCAGAGGAGAAAAGUAGAGGGGAAUUGGGAGAUAGGGAGGAGUACUUAGGAAUGAGUUUGAGGGAAUUGGUCAAGGAGUUUAAGUGGCAGACUUUGGUGCUUUUUAAAUGUUGUCUGCUGCAACCGAAGGGGAGUCUUUUUGGUCCUUAUACCCCUUUACAGCAACUUGAUAUAUUAGCGGAUUACGGCACAAAAUCAUAUAUCGUUGGUUCAACGAAUUCUUUACUUUUACAACAGAGAGAUCGAUAUAGCGAUAUUCUCAUUAAUCUAGAUGAACUCACAAUUAAUAUCACAUCGGCAUCACUGAGGUCCGCAUUAGCACUCUCGGCGGCCGAUCGACGCUGGAUUGAUUUCAUUACCCAAACCGUCAAUGACACUUGGGAUGAAUCGAAUCCAAGUCGACCUAAAACUAUGGGCUAUGUCGGCUCCGAAGAAUUUAUUCGCAUGCAAUUUGAAGAAUACCUCCUUUCCCUAAUCUCCUCUGUCAAAUGUCACAACUACCUCACAGUCAACGCUCACAACCCAAGAGCUCAGCUUCCACAGGUCGACGGAGAUCCUGCUUAUGAUUUCAACAUGGAUUGGAUAGAAGCAUGGACACGAAGCGAAAAUUAUGAAAUUUGGAAUAAUCAUACGGAUUCACAUCUUUUCGACAUCGUGGAGCCUAAACAUCCUUGCGCAGGUGGUCUUACGAUAGAUGAUGUUCAAAGACGCAUUGCUGAACAAGUCAAGGAAAUGCAUCUUGAUGAAAGGUUUGCGGUAGGUAAGGAAGUGUUGGGAAGAAAUCUUGCUGCGGGAAAAGAAAAGGCUAGUACAGUCUUCAAUAAAUUGUACGCGGACAUGGAAUCCUAUCGAGAGAGUCAGAGGAAAAGAAACGAAGAGGCUAGGAUUGCAGCCGAGAAAGCGGCGACUGCAAGUGGUGCAUCAAGUCCAGUGGCCAGUCAAACGGAUUUUAAUGGACCAAAGUCGCCGUCAGUGCAAAGUAGAGCGGGGGCUUACAUAGGAAGCUGGGGUACGUGGAUGGGAGAAAAGAGAAAGGCGGGAUGGGGGAGGAGUUCGGGUAGUCAGGAUAAGAUACAGCAAGUUACGAGUAACGGGAAGAGGAAUUCGAGGGGGUUCUUUGGAAAGGAAAAUAUUCACGUGGUGGAUGGGGGAAGUGGGGGGGAGAGGAGCCCACUCAGUCCAAGGGAUUCACAGGGUGGAUAUUCACCGUUGGGUGAGAGACCGAGGACAGCUGAGAGUUUUAAGGAGAGUAUUUUUGAUGCAGAGUUGGAGGCGAAUGGGGCUGGGGAAGGAGAUGUGGAUGGAUAUCGAAAGGUGGACGUGGUGGAGAAGAUUAGUGAUGCGCCUCCAAGGGUUGAAAUUCCGGGAUAUUUCUCGAGGUUUCGUGAGGAUAUGGGAAAUAAAGAGAGAAAAGAUCACGAUGAUGAUAGCGAUAGUGGUGAGGAGGAAAGGAAAUCGAUCUUACCUGUAUCGAGCGAAUCAAAUGUUUGGGACGAUGAAAGAAAUGGGGAUGCAGAUAAAGAUAAGCAUGAGAGGGCGGAAAGAGUAGCAGAGGCCAUGCAGGAGGCGGUGGAUUCUUCGAUUCAUUCGUAG